UGUGGAAAAUGAAAUAUACAAAAGGGAUAUAAUUAGAUGUGUAAAAUAAGGAAACUAAUGCAAUAUAGGCUAUUUUUGGUGGUUGUGAAUCUGGUAGGAUCGAGUUUGCGGCGCGCGGAAUAGUUGCAGUGUUCCUGACCCAUAUGGCAAUCGGAUACAGCGUAGCGGUAGUGAUCUGUACUUGCGUUGGGAUCCCGUUGAUGUUUGAUGCAUCGGAGGCGCAGCGAAAGAGCGGAUACAAGUUGGUGUCGGUGUCCAUCAUUGUGUCCAUUGGGUUUAUACUCCUGGCGGUAGUACUCACGCUAUACCACACACAGAGGGGCGGCGGCGUAAAACAGCGCGGAUCGCCAAAGCUUCCGAUAGUCAUAAUCCCGCGGCCCUGCUGUGACGCACUGUUCUACUGCAUGUCUGUGCUGCCGGCGGCUGGGGUAGUGGUGGUGUGGACGGCCAUGACGGAGGAAGGGGGCUGGCGACGGGCUGGCACUGGGGGUGGCUGUAGAAACAAUGAAUCUGUAAGCGAGCUUGGCAUGCAAGCGGCCCCGCACACGAUGGCGCCUUGUGUUAACAGGAGCAGUGGUGUGGCGCUUACAAAUGUCAUUGGCCCAGUCGUCGUAGACGUGCGCUUUUGCUAUCUUUGCAGCGGCGGUGGCGGCACGUCUGCGACUCCAGACAGGCUGUGCGCUAAGUGCAAGUACGAGGCAAUGCUGCAGAGGGCCAUGCACCGUACGU